GGGCGGUGUGUUUCCGGGGUCACGGUGGCUAAUCCCCCCGGAACGGUUCCUUCUGCUCGGAGCCGGCGCCCCGACUUCCUGCUAACUAAUGUCAGGAGACAGUGAUUGUACCCGAACAAGCCCAUCCGUGGGGUCUCCAUCGGAUAAUGAGUUCCUGCCAGAUCGGCCAAGGUAUGUGUGCUCACUGUCUCCUGACCUUAUUGCCAAGGCUCGUGAAGAGCUGCAGGAGAAACCUGAAUGGAGGCUUCGUGAUGUGCAAGCCCUCCGAGACAUGGUGUGUAAGGAUUACCCUACUCUGGGCACGUGUCUGGACGAUGCUUUCUUGCUAAGGUUCCUUAGAGCCAGGAAAUUUGAUUAUGACCGAGCGCUUCAGCUUCUGGUGAACUAUCACAGCUGCAGGAGGAGCUGGCCUGAGGUCUUCAAUAACUUGAAACCAUCUGCAAUUAAGGCUGUCCUAGCAUCUGGCUUUGUCACUGUUCUGCCUCACUUGGACACUGAGGGACGCCACGUUGUCUGCAUUCGUCCAGACAGAUGGACACCAAGCAAUUAUCCAAUUACUGAGAACAUUCGUGCCAUAUACUUAACGUUAGAAAAACUCAUUCAGUCUGAAGAGACCCAAGUGAAUGGAAUUGUAAUCCUUGCAGACUACAAAGGAGUCAGCUUAUCUAAGGCAUCUCAUUUUGGUCCUUUUGUAGCCAAAAAAGUGAUUGGAAUUCUUCAGGAUGGUUUUCCCAUUAGAAUCAAAGCUGUCAAUAUUAUAAAUGAGCCUCGCAUAUUCAAAGGAAUUUUUGCCAUCAUCAAGCCUUUUCUGAAGGAAAAGAUAGCAAACCGGUUCUUUCUUCAUGGCUCUGAUUUGAAUUCUCUUCAUCAAAACCUUCCACAAAGGAUCCUUCCUGAAGAAUAUGGUGGCACGUCAGGAAAACUGGACAUCGCUGCCUGGAAUGAGUUGCUGCUCGCCUCAGAAGAGGAUUUUCUGCAUGACUUCUCUCAGCUGGUUCUCCCAGGUGACAGCUCACCAUCUGAAGCUCUAGUGAGUGGGGAUGCUGAGGAGAAGCAGAGUGAAGAGCCUCUGCGAGGCAUGAAACCUCAACUCUACUACUGUUAUUAACAAAGCCGUUAAAGGAAGCUUCCUUGCCCAGUCAGUCUAGAUGCCCUCUCCUGUUCUGAAAGGAAUAAGAACAAAGUGGGGUUAUGAACUCUUCUUUACUCCUAAACUUCCAGUUCGUGAGUAGACUGCUGAGGCACUGUGGAACCAAAGCAAGUUAAAGUUGGUGAGAUGGGGGCAAGGCAGAGUUCUCUUUGGAAUCUAGGCAGGACACUAUUCCCAAGCCACCUCAAGUGUUAAGAGUUGUUAAUCCCAGCGUGAAAGAUGCCGUCUAGCAAAUUCCUCUUAAUAGUAGUGAGAGAAAAAAUAUCUCAUUAGAGUGAAUCUCAUAAGAAUGUCUCUCAGGGUAAAAGUGGCAGAAAAGACUUGCUAGUUUGGCAAUCAUCAGAAAAUAGCAUCAUCACUGCACCCUACAAAGUGAAGCUCUGUCAGUGGAGAUUGUCAGACAUGUCCAAUUCACAGUCCUGGACCUAAUACCUGGUCCUGUCUGUGUACUAGCAUGUUCCAGGAGUAUCAGAAUGCGUACUGGAGCUUCUCCCUGAUAUUUUGCACACUCUGCAUGUGUGGAAUUCCUACAGAUUUGCCCUUUGGAUUUGAAAGGAGAAAGUUACCAUAAUUUUGUAAACAUUGUGACUAGUUAUUUCAAAGCAUAGUGUAAUCAUACACAAAUUCCACUUCCAGAAGAUUGAGCCUUUCAGAUCAUGUAUUGCAUAGCUUUUUUCCAAUAAGAUGCAACUUUGAAUAUUGACAACACUAUAGACAACCUGAGAAGGAGUGAGGUCAUUCACUCAUAUUCAGCAUGGCUCAGAUAUAAUCAGUUGCUCUUUCCUUCAGCUGGUCGCUUUGAUGCCCUGCCUUACUUUUCAACUUCCCUAAGUAACUUAAAUAGAACUUAUGUGGGAAGAUUUUGUAGCAGGUAGCAUCUAUAGAAGGCAAUAUUAAGUACGAGAAAACACUUUAGUUCUUGAGCUACAUUACUUUGGAUAGAAUUUUUGAAUCGGAGUCUUCGUAAACCAAAUGCAGAUGGAUAUUUUUAAGAAUGUUCAGAUUUGUUGUAUUGCAGUUGUUCUCUGUUCAUGUCUGUCGUGGUUUAAGUAACCGUUGCUAUUUGUCAUCCCCUUCUCUUUGGAUGGCAGCUUCUUUUGUAAAGUUUAAACUUUGGUCAGUUCUGUAGGGCUUAAGCUUAGGUUGUGUUCCAGUGCUUUAGAUCCUUAGUUCUAAUGUCAAAUGAGGUUAAGAUGUCCUGCAUCUGUGUAGGCUAUUCCCCAAGUUCAUUCUGUGUCAUGGUAUUGAACUUUAAAUGAACUCUGAGCACAUUAUCUUUGCACAUGUCAUGCACUAUAUAAAUAGUGCAAAGGUGAAACCUCAUUACAGCCAGGAAAGCACACCCCAUUAUUUAAAAGGGUAUGUCAGUGGACAAGAACACUGAUUAUAAUCAAACACCUCAUCUUUAUAGCACUUUUAAAAUGGCUGGAAUUUCUUUUGGAGGGUUUAGGGGGAGAGAGGUUGGGAGGGUAAAUCUUUUUACUGAGUGCCAAGUGGGAAACAGGGACCGGUUAUCUUACUGUAAAUAUGAAAUGUAUGGUCUCAAGGAGUUGAACCAUCCUUUUUCUGAGUGCCAAACUGUGCUUGUUUGAAUGUCUCUUCCUAGAUUACACCAUAGCAUGACUUUGUUGCCAAAAAGAGUUUGGGAAGGACUAGAUUAGGGAAAUCACAGCUCCUUGGCUUGGUAAAAUGCUAGCUCUUUUAUUCAAGCAAUAGAAGAGUGGGAUUAGGUUUUGAAAGGAAUAAAGUCUAAAGCUUUUUACAAUUAGCAGUUCAUAGCUCCAAUGAGGACAAUAAGUUCAUAUCCUGUCACUUGAACAGAAAGACUUUAACAGACCACUUAUACUGUUGUGUAGGAUGCUGGAGAGCUGGCAAGAAUCUGAGAGAGAAUAUAGCUUUCUUCUUUCCUUCCCCUUUUUAGGUAUGAAGGAUAGUAGGAGAGACUCUCCUGCCUCUAACAUCAAUGCAUGACAGCCCCUGCCCCUUUCUAUACUAGACUUAAUUUUCAUGGGGGAAAAUAUUUUAGGUGAGAAAUAUCAUUCCUGUCAUUAACAAUCUAUCAGCCCCCAACUUUUGUGCAGGCCUGGCAGAAAUGCAGUGCUGGCUAGUGUCUCUUCAUUUGAGCAAAACUUUCCUCUCAGAUCUACUGUGCAGAUAAAUCCAGCUCUUCUUCCACCUGGCAAAAUAAUCAAAAUGAGGCAUGGCUUUGCUUAAAACCAUAAUUGUCAACCUAACUAAAUUAACUGCCAAAAAUGUGUUGGGGUGUCUUGGAUGGUUUGAGUGAAUGCCGACUACUAAUUUCCCUCUGUCCACCACCAAAAUUAAAAAAAAAACCCUCCAGGAUACAGCAUCUGUCUUUGAAUUGGGUGCAUGGCAGGCUUUAUUCUUCCUCUUUCAUUGUUGGGUGGUUUCCCCUCUCAGGCUCCAUCUACACUGCAUUUCUCCCUAGCACUAGUAUAAAAAGCAGCAUAGCUGAUGAAGUACUUCUUAGGCGAGUAGAGGAAGGACAUGCCUAAAGCUGGUGCAUAUGUAUCCUACUUGCCCACAUAGUGCCUCCCCGCUCAUUGCUAUUUUUAGCAGCAUAGUGUCCUGCUGCUAGUCUUGCCCUGAAGCAGUGAAAGGCUUUGGCACUGAGGAGCUACCAGAGCCUUUCCUUCGCAUGUGUAGCUACACACCAAUGUGGAUGCAGUCUGCUUUUCACUGUGGCAUGUAGCUACCUCUGCCCUGCAUGCCACCAGGGUGCAGUGUAGACAUAGCCAAAGUGGAACUGCUCUCAAGCAGUUUGGUAACUACUGAAGAGAGAAAGUUCCAUGUUAGAAAACUUAGCUUCCUGCUUAAAAGAUUUGUGGGUAGGAAGUCUCCAGCAACCAGGGCAACACCUGAUUUUUUUCAAUGCUUUUGCACUGUGGCCUGCCUUAAACUAUAACCAAACUAGAAUUCAUGUGUAGCCUCCAACCAAGGUCUUCCUUGGAAGACAAAUUGAGUUUGUUGUACUUUAUCCUUAAACAAAAUAGCUUUGCUCAUCUUACUUGUAGAUAGAGACUUAAGUUUUCCUCUCAGCAGAAGUUUUGUUUUGGAGUUGUUAAAGACUCUUUGGAACCUAGCUUUUAAAUUCAUUAUCGCUCUGUCAUCAGUAAUACAGCAUAAGUAGACAAAGCCAGUAUGUUAUCCAUUACUGUCAGCUAUAACUUUUCCUAAUUCCCUCAUGGGGGCCGAUGCUUUGCUUGUCUUCCUAGAGAAAGUGUAGACUCUCACAAGAUGAACUGCAGCUUAACAGCUGGAAGCUGUUAAUAUUUUGGUACCUAAAGCACUAUUUAAAAAAAAAAAUUUGUAGAAAAGUUGAGCUGUCAAGCCCUUUAAUGACGGUCAGCCCUUUUGUCUCAGGCUGAUAGCAUUAUAAAACUAAAUGGGUAGCAUAUUUGACAACAGGCCCACAGUUCUAGUUACUCAUCUUUAAAGUAGGAGGGAAGGAAGAGCAAUGGAGUUAGUUCAAAAAAAUCCCUUCAGUAUUAGAAUUAACAUAAUCUGGCUGUUUCAACCAAACUUUUCUAAAAAUCGGUUCCAUGGGAAGCUAGCUGAGUGAGGACAAUGUCAGAAGUAACAAUUCUGGCUAGGCAGUAACUGAGGAAGGUGCUCAAACUGCCUUGGACAACCUUGACUGUCUCACACGAAGUAGGACAAAAGUUAAUUGCAUACUGUAAAUAAAAUACUUGAAUUUAUACUGGGGCAAAUAGGUGUUAUAUACACAGAGCUCUUUUUUCAGGGAAUGAGGGUGUUUUGGCACAAGUUCCAUAAUAUACAUGAUUGUUCAAAUGAUUAUUUUGCUUUUUGGUUUAAGUGGCCCUAAAGUUGUUGGGUUUAAUAUACAUCUGUUAUUUUGAUAAAAUGUUUAUUUUUAUAUUGCAUUUUAUAAAAUGGAGUGGUCAAAGUAUGUACUUUUAUUAUGCAUGACUGGGUAUUAAAUAAGUCUACCAUAACAGAA